UAAACAAGCACCAAGUACUACGCUUUUUCUGAUGGCGAUGGCGAGUAUUGCUAGACGGUCGAGGAAUCUCUACUACAACAGCUCCAAGUACUACGCUUUCUCCUUGAGCAGAGGAUUCGCGUCGGGAUCUGAUGAGGAGAACGACGUCGUUGUUAUCGGCGGUGGCCCCGGCGGCUAUGUCGCUGCCAUCAAGGCGGCUCACUUCGGCCUCAAGACCACCUGUAUCGAGAAGCGCGGAACCCUCGGCGGCACCUGCCUUAACGUCGGUUGUAUUCCUUCUAAGGCAUUACUGCACUCCUCACACAUGUACCAUGAAGCCACACGCUCAUUUGCCAAACAUGGUGUGAAGUGUUCUUCUGUUGAGCUUGAUUUACCUGCCAUGAUGGCCCAAAAAGAUGAAGCUGUGUCUGACUUAACAAAAGGUAUUGAGGGUCUAUUCAAAAAGAACAAAGUGAACUAUGUCAAGGGAUAUGGUAAGUUCCUCUCACCUUCAGAAAUUAAGGUGGACACUAUUGAUGGAGGUGAAACUGUUGUCAAAGGGAAAAAUAUUAUAAUUGCCACUGGUUCUGAUGUCAAAGGUCUUCCUGGGAUAACCAUUGAUGAGGAAAGAAUUGUAUCAUCUACUGGCGCUUUAGCA